AUGCCGCCGCCAUUCCAGACCGCUGGACUCGAUACAACACCCAUCCUUCCACCAUUAGCCUUCCAUGGCUCUCUGGUCGAUAGUUCGCCGACUCUAGAGACUCAGCCCAUACUCCUACCCCAUGUUUCUGAGGUGCCGGUCACGGGGCGUCCGCCAGGCUUAGCAAUGACAUCCGAGUCGAGCGGGUCUCCAGCAACGCCUGAGCUCUUGCAGAGCCGCUCCUCGACGAGCUCAGAUCCGUCCUCUCGUCCGCCUACUCCUGGAUAUGCCAGUCUCGAUACCCGCGAUCAGAUGUCUGCCAGCUCUACGAUCAUUCCCUUGCAACCUGUGAAUGCUCUCGGUCUAAGCCAGCGCCGGCACUUCAAGGGCGAGCAUCUUGAUCUCAGAGUGAAGGAGAGCGUGUCGCCUUCCACUCUAAGCCCCAAUAGCGCAUUCUUGUCGCCUUUCCUUUCGCCUUCUUUGACGCCGCGAACAUCGCUUCUCGAGCGUAUGUCAAGCAUAGUCAACCGUUCGCCAUCGCCGUCACCAUCUUCCGGAAGCCAUCCGGGGCCGAAGAGCGCAAGCGCAAAGGCGAAGGCGGUCCGCGAAUUGGUCUACAAUGAAGGUCCUUUUGCAUCGCGCACGAAGGAAGACGAUCCAAUUCCGGAGCCCUUCUGGUCCCGAGAGGCUGAAGCAUCCGUCGGUGCAGACCUCUACGACUUCGGAGCCUACUUCGCGCCUGCUCCUCAACAUGCGACUAGGAAGAAUUCGAGACAGUAUCGGACCGUACGCUGGCCUCCAAUCAGGCCACAGACCCUCGUACACCAGCAUUCCAUCCCUGUCCGCUGCGAUGUCUUCGACCAGAGUCCGUCCUCUCAAGUCGACGACAAUAAGAUACGCGCUCGAAAACGCGAGCGCCGUGCAACACAGAUUCACAGUGCGCAACUGUUCACAGGCUCGCCACCUUCGCUGUCGUACAUUCGAGGUGGUUCACCGGGUUUAGGAGCAUUCGUACACGAGUUUCCUGCUGAACUGCAUUCUCGGCUAUUGUCGGCGGACGUGCCGUCCCAGCAACCGAAGGCUGACCCUGAGCCAGAGAAGAACCAGGCGCGGCAAAUCGGAGAGUUGAUCGAUUUGAUGGCGGGAGGCGCAGGCAUCUCGGAUGCUGGCGGCGAUUCGGUCCAUGUGCGGUCCCUUCCGGUCGUGUUGCACGCUCUUUGA